AUGUACCUACCUAUGCGCGAAAACACAAGUGCACUUUCUAUUCCUGACACUCUCAUACUCCGAUGGGACGACUGCUCGACACGACCAGUGAGAGUUAAGGCGCAGGACCGACGGCUUUACGUGCCUCGGAGGCACGGGAGUAACACACCGCAAACUUCCCAACUCUGGGCUGUUGCUGAAAAUUUCUUGGCAGAAACUGAGCUUGGCCUGAUCUGGGACUCGAACCCAGGACCUCCGAUUCUGCGGCCAUACACGCUAGUCACUAGACCAUGGAGGCUGUUAAAAUUAAAACCUAUUUAUACUAUUAAGGUUGCAAACAUGUCUUCAUUUUAUAGUAUUUUCUCUAUCUUUUCU